UUUGUCCCUCCACUGCGUAGGAGGGUCUGUGUUCGGCUGUGUAGGACUGUGUUCGGCUGUGUAGGACUGUGUUCACGGAUGACUGCGUUCAAGAAGCGUCAGUCUGAAUAUAACAACACUCGAGGCGGAGCUACUUCUUCUUGUAUCCUCCACACAAGUUGAUAUCAGUCCUGAGAGAAUGACGUCAGCAGGAUGCGUGGUAGAUGAGCUCACGCCGGAGUUGCGGGAGAGGGCGGCGUUAUACGCGAGUGAAGACCUGAGCGCAAGGGAGAUUAUCCUGGAGGAGAUGCAGUCCACCCUGAAGACACUCGUUCCAGAUGUUGCAGCGGACGAAAGUCGUCUGCUUCGCUUCCUUCGUGCGAACGAAUUCCGAAUGAAGCAGACGUCCGACUGUGUGAAGGCGUUCUACAAGUACAAGGCCAACAACCCCGACCUCUUCACGCCGCUACCUCUACAGGAGGCUCGCGACAUCGUUCACAGCGGCCUCCUCGGUGUGUUGCCGGGCCGAGACGUGCAGGGAGGCAGGGUGUUGUACGUCAGGAUAGGUCUCUGGGAGCCGGAAACCACGCCGAUGGUAGAUCUCUUCAGACUUACUAUUUCUCUCCAGCUCAAACUCAUACAGGACCCCGAGACUCAAAUAGGGGGACUAAGGACUGUUGAGGACAUGGAAGCGUUGUCAUGGAAACACGUUAGAGCACUCUCAAUACCACUAAUGCGGAAGCUCAGCAAACUCUAUGAGGAAGCGUUUCCGGCUCGGUUUGAUGGCUUCCACAACAUGAACGAAUCUGGGGCCAUUGAUCGCCUGUACACACUCGUCAAGCCGUUCCUCAGCACAAGGUUAAAGGGGCGGAAUCACUUUCAUGGAAACGACUAUGCAGAGUUAUACGAGUAUAUUCCGCUGGAGAACUUGCCAGAACUGUACGGCGGCAGCGUAACAGACACACAGAUACAGGAUUUCACAAUGUCACUUCUGAGGGAUUUUAAAGGAGAUGACUUUGGUGAUGGGGGGUCGGUGAAGAUCUCCAAAGAGGACAAGGUCGCACGUGACACCGUGGCGACAGAGUCAGCAUACGGGAGCUACAAGAGAGUUGACCCGUCCUAGUUGUCUGGGAGAAGGUCUGCAACAACUACGGUGCUAUUCCAGUGUGAUGGAAGUUAUAUCAUAGAACUUUAGCAUUUCACCAUUUCUUAUGGCCCUUUAGGCAAGUAUUCUCAAAGGCAGAAGUAUCUGUGAUCAUAGAAAUCAAAUAAUAAUGUUAAUUAAUAUUAAUUAUAAUGAAGUGGAUAUAAUGGUUCUCAAUACAACUCUGUACAGAACAAACCACUUGUCAAGACUCGCUGAAAACGUGGUGCCUGUUUGGGGGUUUAAUGAAGAUCACGCCAAAUUAUCUUUCCUAACUGCUGUACAUCUCUAACAACGAUAAUUAUACUACUCAGAAAUAGUUGAGGAUCACCCGAUUCUUUCAUAUUACUAUAUAUGAUAAUCAGUCAUAUCAUGCCAGAUUAGGGGGCGGUCGGGUAGCCUAGUGGUUAAAGCGUUCGCUCGUCACGCCGAAGACCCGGGAUCGAUUCCCGACAUGGGUACAAUGUGUGAAGCCCAUUUCUGAUGUCCCCCGCCGUGAUAUUGCUGAAAUAUUGCUAUAAGUGGCAUAAAACCAUACUCACUCACUCACUCAUUCACACACUCAUGCCAGGUUAACUAUGUUUAUAUGGAAGAAUCUGAUGACUCUUAACUUUUUUAGCGUUAUAUUACUAGACAUUUCACCAUCGGUGUGUAUCAACACAAAUGUUGCUGGACAGAAUUUAAUUUUGAAAAUUGAUCUUUUGUUUAAAUUGUAGUGUAAAAGAAACAUCUUGAGAAAGCCUACCAGCCCAGUUAAGCACAAUACCAAUUUAAUAUUUCAAAGAAAAACAGAGCAGUUGGUUGUCCGCUGCCUUUUGAAAAACAUGUCAUUCUUAAAAACGCGAUAACAUUUACUUCCCUUUGAACUUGAGUAUAUAUUAGCAUUUAUACAUCCUGUGUCGAAGGACAACAUUGACAGCUUACCUUGUCUGACAAGGAUAUGGUUCGUCACGCCACGGUAUAAUGCAUGCAUUCACACACAUUUCUGUCCUUACCAAAUAUGAAAAAUACAUAUUAAUAAUCUCGGGCCACUUUUGCUGUUAAUAAAGGGUCAGAUUAUUGGAAUCUUGAAUACCGUCUUCUGAAACAGUAUUAAGAGCGAACCGAUCCUGAUUUGUAUAUCGUGAUUCAGUAUGAGUAAGAUGUAUAAGCGAUGCAUGUAUACAGAUUAACCUUUUUAACCUGGAGCCCAUAUGCCAGUAUAGAAUUGAGUGAGUGAGUUGAGUUUUAACGCCGCUUUUAACAUUAUUCCAGUCAUAUCACGGCGUGUCAGCUUAAUGUGGGAGGAAAGCCCGAAGUGAAACCCACGAGCACGGGUAUGGUGCUGACAAACCUAGAAAGAUAAUCGGGGCGAACCGGGAUUCGAACCCACAAUCAUAGGUUUAUGGCGUGCCCAAGGGACGCAACUCUGCACAGCGAAUCGCGGCGCCUUAGACGACUUGGCCACCCGUGCCCCCGCCAUUAUAGAAACUACCUCGAGCUACUGUAGUUCAAGGCUUACGGAGUACUGAUAUUACUCCAUAUCAAGCGCGGGUACAGCUUUUUGGAGAGAAAAUGGAGUGUUUGCACAUAAUACGAACAUGCCAGCUGAUAAUUCGGGUGUCAAUUUCCGUUUGUUACCCAAAACGUAGACAAUUUAUUGCUCUUUUUGUUGUUAGCAUGUCAGCAAUAAUAAUAGGUCAAUAGGAUAAGCGUGCUUUUUAAGAGACGCCUCUACCCCUCUUGCUCCACGUCAAUCACGUGUUUCCGGUACCCAUCAGGUCAGAGGUGUUACAGUCGACACGUUUCGCUGUAAUGGUGAAUACAAACAGUAGAAGGGGUGAUCCUUUACAACGGCAAGGUCGUGUAUGAUACGUUAAUCUUUGACAAAGUUGGUCUGUCGAUUGGGAUAUUUACGACAAUGCAUAUCACGUACGGUUGUUAUAGGCCUCGAGAGCAACGAAAACAACUGAACUAGCCAAUCAACACGAAGCAAAAAUAGUAAUACUCAGUGAGAAAUACAUCACAAAAUUAAGACAGGCUGGGAACCCAUGAUAGCAUAUCCUUUUCCUCUGUCUAAAACUAAGUGUCCCCUUAUCCACAGUAUAUAUUAUAUAUUCAUAUUCGUUAGCCUGUAUUAGUUAUGACAAGACUUAAUGUUAAUGCUUUGGAGUGAGCUUAGUUUUCACCGAGCACUCCGUCACUGUUUACUGCAUGCUUGUAUAUUUCAUUUGCGAAACGAUAUGCGUGUCCGCAAAAUACAAAAUCGUUUUGCUACGGUGCAUAAAUUAUUAUUAGAGUGAUAGUUUCGAUGACAUCGUAGUAUUGUAUACCACUGUAUUCCAUAUUUUGUAGUAUUUGUAAUAAAACUCUUUGUUCCUUUGA